AUCACUAUAAAAUACAUUUCAUAGUUUUUGCACACAACACAAGAUUUAUAAUUCAAUGUUACAUUGUUAUGUUUUAUCUAACAUUAAUGGACGUUUUUUAUGUAUUAGUUGUGACUAAAGCACACCCACACAUGAGUAACAGAAUAAGUGUGUCUUGUUUCGCUUCUUGUAUCGUGAAUCAGUUUGUCGUAAUGAAUUCGGCUUUGAUCUUUAGUAAUAACACAGAAGCCAUCAUCAAUGAUUAACUGAUCUGAAGCGCUCCAAUCAGCACCUGCUGGUCAAAACUGUGUACAUGCAGCGAGAUUACAUCUUGUGUAUUGAGAAUAUUUACAGACCUAUGACAUUCUGUGUGUGUUCUGUUAUCUUUUGUAUUUCUGUUUUGAAGUGUUGGCUAUUUAUUUAUUUAAUUUAAGACCAUUAAUUAACACUCUGACAGACACCAUUCCAGUGCACUGACUGCCAAACAAGGAGCUAGAGAUUUACUAUGGAUUUAUAUUUAUAUUAACUUUUUGUUAAUUAUUCUUAAUAAUUAAUUAUUUAUCUUAAACAUGACAGAGUGACCAAAGAUGCAGAAAAACUCCCGGUGAAGCAACUGAGAUCCAUGUGACUAAUAAAAAGAUGGUGUUUAUUAAGGAAGAGAGUGAACACUUGAAGAUUGAAAACUCAUUCAGAGUUAAACAUGAAGAAAUGAAGGAACAAACAGAUCUGGUAGCGUUGAAAGAGGAGAGGGCAGUACUCAAUGAAAUGAAAGAGGAAGACCGUGAUUUCAUGACUGAAGACAAGUCUUUUAGUUGCUCACAAAUACUUCCCCACAAAAUAUAGCUCAAAUGACAGGAACCCUUAAUUCCCACACAAGAGAAGCUUCUGGAGAGAAGCCUUUCAAAUGCCAGCAGUGCGAAAGGAGUUUCUGAUUAAAUAAAUGCCUUAAGAAUCACAUGAGAAUUCACGCAGAGGACAAGCCUUUCACAUGCCAUUAUUGUGGAAAGAGUUUUUGUCAUAAAGGUAGUCUCAAAACUCACAUGAGAAUUCACACCGGAGAGAAGCCUUACUCGUGCCCGCUGUGCAGAAAGAAUUUCACAUAUAAACCAACCUUUAACGCUCAUAUGAGAAGUCACACUGGAGAGAAGCCUUACACCUGCAAACUGUGUGAGAAGAGCUUUUCACAAAAGGGAAAUCUAAAGUAUCACAUGAGAGUUCACACUGGAGAAAAGCCUUUCACGUGCCCUAACUGUGGAAAGAGUUUCAGUUAUAAAGUAAGCCUCAAGUCUCACAUGAGAAUUCACACGGGAGAGAAGCCUUACUCAUGCCCUCAAUGCGGAAUGAAUUUUACGUAUAAGGAGUCCUUUGUUAUCCAUUUGAGAGUACACACAGGAGACAACCUUUACACCUGCAAACUGUGUGGAAAAAGCUUCUCACAAAAAGGAAAUCUGAAGUAUCACAUGAGAAUCCACACUGGAGAGAAGCCGUUCACAUGUGAUGAGUGUGGUAAGAGUUUCAGAUACAAAGUGACCUUAAAUAAGCACACCAGGAUUCACUCAAGAGAGAACUGUCCUGCAUGUCAUCAAUGUGGAAAGAGUUUCUCCGACAAGAAAGACCUUAAGAAUCAUGUAAUAACUCACAUCGGGGAGAAGCCUUUCAUGUGCCACCACUGUGGAAAGAGUUUCACACGUAAAGGAAAUCUCAAGACUCACAGGAUAAUUCACACGGAAGAUAGGCCCUUCAUAUGCCAUCACUGUGGAAAGAGUUUCAGAUUUAAAGGAACUCACUUGAGGCUUCACACCGGAGAGAGGCCUUACAUGCUUCUUAAGUGUGAGGGGGGUUUCACAAAUCAAAAAGACCUGACCUCAAACUCAUUCUGGAAAGAAACCGCAGUGUUUAGAGUGUGGGAAGAUGUCUAGGAAAUGGAGCAGUUUUAAAAGUCAUCUGCGCAUCCACUCUGGGGGAAGGCGAUUGAAUUGUGAUCAGUGUAAUAAAAAGUUUAAUUUCCCAUCACACUUACAGAUACAUAUGAAAGGUCAUGCAGAUGUGAGACUCUACUUGUGUUAUUUGUGUGGAAAGCGUUUUAAGUGGUUUAGCAAGUUUAAAUUGCAUCAGAAAGCAAGUCUCUAUGUGAAAUCAAGGCUGUGUUUACGCCAAAGCCGAAUGUAGUCUAAAUGCCGAUUUUCUUCUCACAUAUUAUUUUGUUCACAGGACCUUUUAACUGUGGCCCAUAUCAGAUACCAUCUUAACAGGUGACACUGCACCAUGUGUUUUAUUCUGUAUCCUGUCCUUUUGUUGUGUCACAUACAUAUGAACGCUUGUGGUCCCACCUGAUCAUUUCCUUUUCUAUAGUUUCAAACAUUUAACAGUUGCUGUAGACAGUCUCUAAUUUAGUUUUUAUGAAGUGGUUUGUUUAAUAUUUGAUUCAGAAAAAUAUUAGAAAAGCCUUGUCUUUCUGUGUAGUGCCACAGUUGCUGUGUUUACAUGCAAUCUGUUUAUAAUCAGACUGAUUGCUGAAUCAGACUCAACUGGAAAGCCUUCAUUCAAUUCGAUUGAGUUUGACUGAUUAUUUGUUUAUUUAUAUUUUUCAACCAUUAUUUGGACGGGAAAAUACAACAAAGAAUAUUGUUUACAUAUAGCGAAUCAAUUCACUCUCUCUCUCUGCCCAAACGAACUAACUUUCUUUUCACCUUAAGUGGCUAAUUAGGGAAUUGCAUGUCAAUAAUUUACCUUAUUUUUUAAUAACUUUCUUCAGCAGGUAGAUAGAGACAUAAGACAAGUGUCAAAUCAAUAGAGGAGGACAGUGGACAUUUUUCACAACCUUUCUUUUUACCCUAGUGGCUGAUUAGGAAAUUGUAUCACCAAAAUUUACUUUCUUUCUGUAAUAACUUUCUUUAUCAAGAAGAUAUAGAUAUGAAACCAGUAUCAAUCAAGAGAAGGGGACAGUGGACAUUUUCACGACUUUUCUUUUUACACCAAAUUAGGUGUAUUAGGGAAUUAUUUUUUUAUUUAUUAUUAUUAUUAUUAUUAUUUAAUAGCUUUUUACGUCAGGGAGACAGCGACAUAAAACUAUUGUCAAUCGAUAGAAGUGAUUUUUCACAACCUUUUAUUUUACACUUACUGGUAGACAAUGGAAUUGUGCGUACAAACUUCAUUUUUGGGUCAACGAACUCUUUAAAAAUUUUUAAUUUUUAACUGGACUACAACAUACCCUAGAUAUUGAUUGAAAAUGUUCUGAUUCUUAGUUCAAUGGUAAAGGAAAUCCAUGUCUUACCAUUUACAAACCUGGAAGAAAUUAUAUUCAAGGACACAGACUCCCAGAAGACUUUCACAUUAACUUUCCCAGUAUACUCCGCUUGAUCAGGUAUCUCGCUCACUGUAAAAGGUAACAAACAUUUUUUUUGUCCCUCACCAUAAAAAUAAUUAUUUUCAGAAUAGGUUUUAUGUAUAUGUUGUCUUACCUCCUGGCAUGCUAAACACUUCCUUUGUAUGAAGAUCCAUAAUAACCACAGGAGGAUGAGAGCCACAGUUGCUACAUUAAUAUUUUGUGUCAUGUUGCACCAAUACUUCAAAAUGUCUGUGAUUCAUUCUUAGCUUUUGCUGUGAUCAGGAUGUGGUCACUUAGAGGCAAGUUAUAACAGCAUUCAGUGCAAAACUUCUCUGGUGACACAAUGUAUUUUGGUGGGGGAGGAUCAAACACUCCCUUGCAAAGAUUUUCAGGAAGGUUUGAUGGAUACUGCUUAUCCAAGACAAACUUUAAAAUUAUUUGCAAACGUUCAUUCCCAAGUCCAAAUGGCUUUUCCUUGCUGCCUAAUUGAUGUUCAUCCAAGUUAUCUUCAUCUGGUCCAAUUGAUUUAACAAAUUUACAAAGCAGUCUAUUAGUUUGAAAGAGAAACCACUUCGCGACACACUUAUGUGGACAUGACAUCCAUGCAUUAACACAGGGACAAUGCCAGCUGUUUCUCUGGGCAUCAUACUUAACCAUCACCCUUCCCAAUCGACUGUUGUAUGAAGAUUUGUUGUCCUAGACAGACACAUAAUGCUUUUUGGGCGGUCUAAUUUUAACACCCACAGCAAGGGGGGCACUUUGGUCUGCAUCCUUUUUCUUUCUUGUUUUCUGUAAAUCAUCUCUGCUUUACAAGCUCAGUCAAUGUAUCUUCCUCAAGAUGACAGGUGUUUCUAAAUGCCCACUCCUACCUGCUAUGUCAUAAAACAACAAGCAAUCAUCCACCUCACAUUCAUUUGGACCUCUCAGUUUUUGCUUUACAUGGACAGGAACAGGAGGCCCACGGAAAUAAUUUUGGCAACUGCAAAAAUACCAUUCACUGCAUCUAUACACUGACUUGCAAGAUGACAAUCAGCACAUAUGUCCAUUUUUUCAGUUGCAUGCUUUCUUUUUUCGUUGCAAAUUUUUCAAGUAUAAAGUCACAUUACAUUUAGAACAUGAAAUUAAUUUUUACUUGUUUUAAGAUGUCUCAGCUCCAGCUCCUGGUCCACAGAUGGUAGAAUCCAUUG